AGAAAGAUGCUCAUUCAAUCUCAGUGCUCCGUACUCUCUCCCAUUCGCCUCACAAACCCUCACCGCAGUUUACCAAUCAUCUCCCGCCAUGCCCCUUUUAACGCAUGUCGAAUGAAUGGAGCUGUUGUGAUCAGUACAUGGUUGGGGAGGAAAAAGAAUCGGGGAGUUACACUUUCGGCUACGGAGGAGCAGAGCUCAAGCCUCAAUGUGCAGAAGAAAAGAAAGGUUGUUGACCACAUAUGCCUACUGAAAGCAAAGGAGGAUUUAUCUGAUGAGGAAGAGAAGGAUAUGCUGGAUUUUCUUUAUACAACCCAGUAUCAAAUGCGAGGCAUUCUUUCGGUAUCAUUAGGACGUAUCUUGAAUGAAAAUAUCGACAAGUAUACACAUGCUGUCUACAUGCGUUUCCAGAGAAAAGAAGACAUUGGGAAGUUUUACGAGAACCCUUUCUACUUGCGAGUACUCAAUGAGCAUGUAUUGCCUUACUGCCAUGGAUUGACUAAUGUGGAUUACGAAUCUGAAGUAGAAGACGAUAUCAUACCUAUAUUCCGCAAAGGAGAGGAAUUCAACUUCGGUGUGGAGUUUGUGCUUCUUCUUUCCUUGGUUGAUAAUGCAUCUGGACGCGUGGAAGAGGCAUUGGUUUCUUUGGAAGGGCUUAUUAUGGGAUUUCCAUCCAUAAUAGUCCAAUCUACUCAAGGUCUGAAUUUUAAUCCCAGCAGCAAGGAGUUUACACAUGGAGUAGUGAUCAGAUUUCGGUCUCUUGACGCUUUUGAGAUAUUUGUGGGAAGCUCAGAGUACAAAGAAAUAUGGAAGUCUAAGUUUGAUAAAAUCACUCGGAAAACACUUUCGCUUCAUUUUUCAGUUGAUCCAGUCGGCAGUGAGAUUAUGUAGCGAAACUUCUUUGAGGUUUGUUUCCCCUGUUUGUCUAAACCACGGAAUCUAUGAAGAGUACUAAAUCUUAUAAUGUAUGAAUAGAGCAAUCUAUUUGGUUGGAAGCUCUGUCUAUCUUGUCUAAACGGAAAAGUGUGCAAUGUAUUGGUGUGACUCAGAACCAUCUACCGGGCACUCAAUCCAUCUUGAAAAAUCCUCUGUUCAAAAUUCAAGCAAUCUAAUCAGUCCAAUCCUUAGAGAUCAUAAGAGGUAAAAGUGUUUACCAUACAGUAGGAUCUGUAUAUUUUAUUUAUAAUAUUUCUGGUAUGAUUUCAAAUCAUCACUUGCAUUUAGAGGAAAAUUCUUUGUGAGGGAUCUAUAUCAUUCUGAUCACUCAAACUUCCACAAAGCUGGGUUGCUUGUAACACUAAUCUUCUUUGUGCUUUCAGGAUGAAUAAAAGAAACUAAUUUUAUAUACAUUGCAUUGGCAUAUGUACUUAAAAAAUUUCUACCUUCCCAUUUGUUUUCUUCUAACAUGGAAGUUACAUCAGAGAAUCCUUCCAAAUCUAUUGUUUGACCUCAUAUGGAAAAACAAACACACACAUAAAUAUGCAAACAGAUUAUGAAUAUUUUAAGUUUCAAUUAUUUUAUACUCCAGAAGAGCCAAAACUGUGCCCCACCACCCAGGACAAAAUCAAUUAGAUGGUGUUUGCAUGUUGACUUGUUAUAUACAACAUUACAGGUGCUUUAUAAGUACACACAUACUACUAGUUUGUGAUGUAAUU